GUCAACAGCCUGGUGUGGGCCAUCUACUGGGCAUCCAUCCGCACCCAUCACUGGCCCACCUGCCUCUCAGUGGCACUCACCUUCGCAGUAGUCGCCUUCUUUCAGCUCAUUUACACCAGAACCAAAAGUUAUACGCUUGUUGCACAGCAGUAAAUGUGCACUUUCACUACUUUCCAAGAGCCAUCAGUUGUUGGUGUCUGUGGUGAUGUCUGUCUCCCUGAUCCUGGCGAGUCUGCUGCCCUACUCCCUCCACCAGCCUUCCUCUGCCCUUCCCCGGGUGGGCCCAGACCUCACAGCAGUGGGCAUGUUUGCCAUAUGUAUUGAAGUACUGCUGCUGAUCUACACCGUGAUUCCACUGCCUCUUUACAUGGCACUCAUAAUCACCACCCUCUACUCCAUCACCUUUGAGACCCUCAAUGGCUUCAUCAUUGAUCAAGGAGUGGCAAUAAUUCUGGUCCGCUUCAGCCUUCACAUUUCAAUCCACCUCAUCGGGGCACACAUCAUGAUCAUGACACAGGUACGGAUGAGGGGCACCUUCAUGAGCAUUGGGCAGUCCUUGCUGGUGCGACGACAGCUUGAGCUAGAACGGAGCUUGAAGGAAAAGAUGAUCCAUUCAGUGAUGCCGCCCCAGGUUGCUGACUGGCUGAUGAAGGAGACACUGGCUGAAGACAGUGAGGAUGGUGGACAGUACAGAGAGGAUGGCGCUAUCUUGAGAUCACAGCAGGCGUCUCCUCGCCGUCGCACCACCAAUGACUUAACAUCACUCUUUCGGCCCUUCAACAUGAAUGGCAUGGACAAUGUCAGCAUUCUCUUUGCAGACAUUGUAGGCUUCACUAGGAUGAGCUCUAAUAAGACUGCAGAUCAGUUAGUUGGACUCCUCAACAACCUGUUUGGUCGAUUUGACAUAAUUGGCAAGAGAAGUGGCUGUGAGAAGAUCAGCACCUUGGGUGAUUGUUACUAUGGUGUGAGUGGUUGCCCUGAGCCUAAGCCAGACCAUGCCCAGUGCUGUGUGGAAAUGGGUCUCUCCAUGAUUGAUGCCAUCCAAGACUUUGACACUGCUACCAAUGAAGACAUCAAUAUGAGAGUGGGCAUCCACACAGGCAAGGUACUGUGUGGCAUUGUGGGAACAAAGCGUUUCAAGUUUGAUGUAUGGUCAAAUGAUGUUACACUGGCCAAUGAAAUGGAGUCUACUGGACAGCCUGGUCAGGUGCAUGUCUCAGAGGCAACUUAUAAAUUCCUGCCAGAAGACACGUACAUCACCACUGAAGGCUCUGAGCACAAAGGUCUCAAAACAUACUUCAUUCAUGGUUAUAUAAGAAAAGAAGUAAGCAGUGAGCUUAUUGGUGAUACAGAAGGCCAGUACAUCACCUAUAAACCAGCAAGAGACAACAAAAAGGCUUCUAGUCUUCCCAACAUUCUUGACUGUGGAGCAGAAUCUGAUGGGAAUGGCACUCUGAAGACCCAGACAAACACUGGAGGUCCAAAGAGCCGCAGAUCUAUGGCCCCUGCAAUUGAUCUGCCUCGCCUAAGGUUGCCAAAAUUAUCUAGAAGUACAGGUAAAGCUAAGGCCAAAACCACAUCCUUGCCAAAGAUCAACAGUAAGAAUGAAAAUUCUACCAGUAAGUCUAACUACUUGACUGAGUUUUGGGGUGGAUUAGGAAGAGAAACUGAUGGAGCUAGUGAAAAUGAAAGCCAUAGUCCUUCAGCUCUGACACCUACUAUCACAACAGCCCCUGUCUCCCUUGCUCAGCCCUCUCUUCCAGGUCCUGUCUUACACCAGACUGAUGCCAGGAGCCCAAAGGACCCUCUUGAAAACUCAUGGGGGAAUGUGACAGGAAAGGAUCCCAGAAAAGAUUCUGGUAUCCGUAGUCGCAGGUCAAGUAUUCAGAACCAGUUAAUUGCAAUGAAUGGAAUGAGCCCAGGAGAUCUGCUGACACAUCGAGUUAGUGGAUACUACACUUCUAGUCAGUCUUCAGUUGCUGAUCAAAAAUAUGGAGAGACUGGAGAAGGUAGCUGCCGGUUAGAGCCCAGCAGCAUGCCACUUAAUGAGAGUCUCACUCGCUUUCAUCAGCUGCGCAAGGAGUCUGAUAUUCAGUUAAUCAAGUGUAUCCAAAAAGAUACAAAUCAUAGGCAUAUUGUGGCCUCUCCUCUUUCUCCUGCCACUCUGUUCUUUGUAGACAAGGAGCUGGAGCGUCAAUACCGUCAGCAGGCUCACAAACCACGUCAAGAUGCUCCACUCACCCUUGCCUCCACACACUUCAACACAUACUUUGAUAUCCUGGUGAGUGCCCUUGUCUACUUAGGAGUCAGCAUCUCUCUGUUUGUCCUGUUUCACUACACGUUGGGCUGGCUGGUACUGUGCCUACUGUCAACCAGUUGGUACCUGAUUUUAUUGGUAUUAUGCUGUCCACAUUUGGUUCGUGGAGAUGGCACCAGGGCAACUUCGCCAGUCAUCUCACAAAUCUAUGAGUGUUUGACACAGUGGAGACCUUGGCAUGUGUGUGGAGCCUCUCUCAUCUGCCUCCCUCUGGUAGUUGUUCUCUAUAAUUUUUCUUGCACUCUGUCUGGCCGUGAUGAGGAAAUGAGGUAUUUUUGUUAUCUCUCUUUUGUUGCUUUGAUACAUUUAUGCAACUUCACACAGCUGAACUGUUGGAUGAAAAACAUUCUAGCAACUCUAGGGACAGUGAUUCUUUUGGUGCUAGCAGUCCCUAAACAUUGUUUAGAAGUGGAAGAGGGAGGACUUACAAGCAAUGCUACUAAUGUGACCAUGCCAGAUCCUGAAAGGGAUAACAUGGCUCAGUUUUCUUACCAAGAGAUGGUAGUUGCUGCCACAUUGUUGUUAUUACUUGUAUGGUUUCUUAACAGAGAAUUUGAAAUUGGAUAUAGACUGAGUUUCCAUGGGUCAGUAAUGGCUAUUAAAGACAAGGUUCAUGUUCAGACCAUGAAAAAUCAGGCUGAUUGGCUGUUGCAUAACAUCAUCCCAAGGCAUGUAGUGGACUCUAUCAAGACCACUGCCAAGUACUCAGAAAAUCAUCGUGAUGUAGCCAUUAUGUUUGCCUCCAUUGUCAACUUUAAUGAACUAUAUGAUGAGGACUACCUAGGAGGCAAAGAGUACCUGCGUGUCCUCAAUGAGCUAGUAGCUGAUCUGGAUGAGCUCCUUUCCCGCCCAGAGUUCAAGAAUAUUGAGAAAAUCAAGACAAUAGGUAGCACCUACAUGGCUGCCUCUGGGCUGGAUGCCAAAGUGCGGCUGAACAACACAGAUGCACACCAACACAUCUUUGAGUUGGUUGAGUUUGCUCUUGCCACUCAGAAGGUCAUUGAUGAUUUCAAUCAAGACCUCAUUGAAUUCAAUCUCAUUGUACGGAUUGGUCUCAACUUUGGGGAUGUCACGGCAGGCAUCAUUGGCACUACAAAACUCUACUAUGACAUAUGGGGUGAUGCAGUGAACAUUGCUUCCAGGAUGGACUCCACAGGAGUACCUGGCCGCAUCCAGGUGAGCAACAGGUGUGCCACUGUGUUAAACCGCAGGUAUGAGUUAGAGCGACGUGGACAAGUGUUUGUCAAAGGGAAAGACAACAUGGAUGUGUACUUGCUCAAGGGCCGCAAAGAUGAUGUCUGAGGAAGUGGUGAUCGUGGUCAUGUGAACUAUGUUCAGGAAUCACAAAACAAGUCAGCACAAAGGGUGUCAUGGAGACUUCAAUAUGCAUAUAUUAUUGGGUAAUGUUUUAUUGUAAAUAGUAGAAACAAAAUAAGAAUUAAGAUUUUGCAUGUCAAUAGAUUUUUAAUAAUCUCCAUGCAUUAUUAUUUUGUAAAGUAAUAUUAUUGUUAUGAGGAAAUCAAGAAAAUUGUAAAUUUUUUUAUACCUAAACACUGUAUUCUUUUGAGUGUAGAUUUCAGAAGACAAAGAUCUGCUUUCUUGAUAUUAUUUGCUCUUUACUUGAUGGAAUAUAUAAUUACUUACUAGAGCUUUGGGUUUAGGACUAAAUACACUACUGAUCCAAAGUAGUGAUAAUGCCAUUCAGACGACUUGGUUCCUGUUGUGUCCCAAGGAUGGCUGAAUUUCAUUAUGACAUGUGGUAUCAGGAAGGACAUCCAGUUGUAAAUCUUCAAGUCCACUGUGUUCAUGUUAGUUUCAUCAAAUAUGAAACUUAUAAUUAUACAUAUAUAAGAAGGGGUUUUCAUAAGACAGAUUAAUCAUAUUCAUAGUUACUGUAUGUACAUGCUUUUGGUGUAGAAGAUAGGAGAGCACACCAAAAAGAAGGAAGAAUUACCGACAUUUGUGGUGAUGUAUUCACAUCAUACACAGAAAUGUCUCUUGCUCUCAUCUCGAUGAGAGCAAGCAUUUCAAGUUUACUAGAAACGUCUCCAUCAUUACUUCCUUCAAGAGUCAUUAUAUGAAAUAAACCCUAGUCACACCACCUGAAGAUCAAUAAUGCUUUUCACUUCAAAGCUUGUGUGUUAUUCUCAAUAGAGUAAUAAAACUUAAGUGCUCCAGCUCGUGCUCUUAAUUGAAGAGUGCCAUGAUGUGAGUCACAAGGUUGCUUUUAACAUGAGCAAGGUGUUGCAUUUCUGUAAAUAAUAAAAGUUGAAAGUCUCUUGAAAGGUUUUAAAAUUAUUGAGAACUUAACCAUGUUUUUUGACACUAAAGAUUGUCAUGCAUUUGUUUUUUGUCAUUAUUGUCCAACCACACAUUGUUUGGAGUGUUAAGUAAAUGAGCAUUUGCUUUUCCUAUGAAGCUUUACAAAUGUUGAAUAAAUACAAACUUGCUGUACAUUUAACAUUUCUUAUUGAUAUUAUAUAUCAAUGCUAUUCAUUUUCAACAUUGUAACUUGUAGUUCUUGUGUAAGUCGUCAAUGAAAGUGCUGAUAAGGAUUAUCAGUUUUAUACAUGAGUCAGUGUUGCAAUUAUUGCUUGGUAUUGUUAUUUUCCAGCAACAACGCUCUUGUUUUGGAUAGUUCUCAUGCUGGUGGCCAGUGUUGUUGGUACGUGUGUGACACAGAUUGAUUAAUGUGUGUUUUCAGGCUGUGUUCAUUUUAAGAUGAGUACUUCAAAUAACAUGUUUUAAUAAUGUGUUUUUUAAUAAAAUAUUUAUUUAAAAGUUAUCUAAAAAAAAUGCAGUUCACAUUACUUCCAGUGUUACUUGCUCAGUAUGAUUCCAGAAUUCCUACAAACUGGAGUUCAAGAUCUAAUUAGGUAAAGCUUUAGAUAAUUAAAUGUCCAACUAAACUAAUUGUUCAUAGUUUAAACACACACACACACACACACACACACACACACACACACACACACACACACACACACACACACACACACACAAACUGUAAUAACAUUAAAAAAAGAAAUGUAAAUUGAGAGAAUUUUAUUAAAAGAAAGCUGCAAGUAAGUGUUGUAAAUAUAGAACAUGAAACUUUCUUAUCAUCUGGUAUAUAAAAUGGAACUAGCUCAGUGAUUUUAUUGUAAAGAGCAAAGAAAUCUCAUUAAUUAUAAUUAAAAGCUAAAAUCUGGACUAAAAUAUAUGAUAAAGUUAUUGUUGCUCUUCAUUGGAAGUGUUGUGCCGUGGUGAUUAGGUCAUUAGUUAGGUAUGACUGCUGUAGUUGUUAAUACCUCAGGUGUUUUUAAGGAACUGGAAGCAACUAAGCAAGCUCCUGAGAAUGUGUUGAAGUGCCUUAUGUUAAGUACUACCAGCAGAGUAAAGAUCUUAUAGUACCUACAAACCUUUAGAGUUUAGGAUUUUUUUUUUUUUUUAUUUAUUUUUUUUUUUAUAAGUUUACACAGUUUUCCAUUUAUUAAGAGAAUUAACUUUUACCAGAAAUUGCUUAACCAUGUUAUACAGUAAUUUUUCCCAUGAAUUAAUAUAUUUUAUGUUAACAAUAAGAAAAAGAAAGAUAAAUUGAAAGCUAGUAAUGCUGAAAGACACUCAUGUUUUGUAUAAUUACAAGAUCAUUGUAAUAAUACCUUGGUAAUUGUGCGAUGAUUGGGGUUCUUCUUAGGCUGUGCUGUCCAACUAUGUGUGGUCAUGUGUGACUUAUGGAGCACUGAUACCAAAGCCAGAUUUCAUCCGGAGAUAGAGAUGAAAAGGUGAUGUGGUGGAUCACAUCAUCACAAAAAUAACCACUCACAAAGCAUAACAUAGAAUUUAGGUCAUCACAGAGUUGACAAGAGUAAAUGACAACAAAUCCAUAUACAGGUAUGCGUUGAAUGACUAUAACCCCACUCAAAAAAGGUAACAUGUAGUCUGAUUCAAUUUCAAAACUUUACAUACAUGAGCUAUGUAACAAACAGUUCCAAAAAAAACUAGGGACAUGAGUUGGAAUGGGACGGGCAGGCAUGCAUACCCACACAUAGUUGGACAGCACAGCCCAGGAGAAACCCUGAUCAUCGUACACUUACCAAGGAAAGUUAUGAUGAUCUUACAAUUCCUCAUCAGGUAUGCGUCCAACAGCAUGACAUCAUGCAUGACUGUUCAUAGCCUCAUCCCCAACAUAACAAAAAGGUUGAAACACUGAAUGUGCAUACAUACAUGUCUAUGCAAUAAACAAUAAACAGCGAGAUAUAAGAAACAAA